AUGGACAUCUGGAACAAUAUAAGAAGAAUAAUUCAAUUAUAUGACGAUGAGGAGGACAAUGAGAGUGUUUUAAUAUUUGCUGCUCUUUUAGAAGAGCAGAACUUCUAUUCAAAAAGCCGUUGUAGGGAUUCAAUUUUACAAGGGGAAGCGUAUCUUAUGGAGAUUCUAAACGGCCAUAGAGAAAGAUGUUACGAAAAUUUAAGGAUGUACCUUAAAGUUUUAAGAACAUUGUGUAGUACCCUGAAAGCUCAUAAUCAAAGGAAUCAUGUUGUAGAAGAGAGAUUUCAACACUCCACUGAAACCAUUUCCAGACACUUCCAUGCUGUGUUGAAUGCAAUUUGCGUGAGAGCUAUAGAUGGAGCCCACAUUCCUGCAACUCUGCGAAUAGCUACACAACUUCCAUUUCGUGGUAGAAAUGGUCAUACCACACAAAAUGUAAUGGUUGUAUGUGACUUUGACAUGAGAUUCACAUAUGUGUUAGCUGGGUGGGAAGGCUCCGCUAAUGAUUCGAGAAUCCUAAAGGAGUAUAUUGAGAAUGAGGCAAUGAACUUUCCAGCUCCACCACUAGGUAAGUAUUAUUUGAUGAACUCAGGGUAUGCCAAUAAGCUUGGUUAUUUGGCCCCAUUUCGAGGUCUUACUUACCACUUUCACGAAUACCGUAGGAGUAGACCACCCCGUGGUCGGAAGGAAGUAUUCAAUCAUAGGCAUUCAUCUUUGAGAAAUAUAAUUGAGCGAUGCUUUGGGUUGUUGAAGAUGAGAUUUGCUAUUUUGAAGGCAAUGCCUCCUUAUAAGUUUUCAACACAAGUAUUGAUUGUAAUGGUUUGUUGCACAUUACAUAACUUCAUUAGAAAUCAGCAUCAGCCUGAUGAUUUAUUUGAUGGUGACGAUCUUCCUCAAAGUGAUGGUGAAGACGAUGAGAUUGUUGAGCAUGUGCCUCCGGCUCAGCGUCUAGAAAUGGAUCAGUUAUGUAAUACUAUUGCUGAUCGAAUCUGGAAUUCUCUUGGGCACUAUUGA